AUGGAUCCCUCCAACAGAGUUUUCACAAACUUGUUGAAUCAAGGGUCCCCAAGCCAAUAUUCUGGGAACAGUAGCCAAAACUCCCCUCCUACUCAAUUCCCCUCAACCUUCACCCAAUCACAGUAUCCCCAAUCCCCACAGUUUCCACAAUCGCAAGCACUAAAUUUUCAUAACUUCCACCCUUUUGGUCCUCCAGCAAACUAUCAAUUAUAUGGCAAUCCUCCUCCAAGUUUUCAUGGUUUUCAGCAGCAAGGCAAUUGGUUAAAAUCUGCAGCAUUAAGCUUUCAAGGUUUUCGUCAUCAAGAAAGUUGGAUGCACUCACCAAAUCAGGUUGGUGGAUCUGCUUCUUCUCAUGGAUCUGAAUCAACUUCUCCAUGCCCUGCAACAUCGCAAGCCAAAAGUGUUGUUAACAUUGAAGAGUCUAGUGGCAACAAUGAAGAAGCUGGGAGGAAAGGGACAUGGGUCAACUGGACUGAAGAAGAAAAUCUACGGCUCCUUAGUUCUUGGUUGAACAAUUCAGUGGAUCCAAUAGAUAGCAAUGACAAGAAGUCAGAGUACUAUUGGAGGGCUGUAGCUGCAGAGUAUAACAACAAUACACGUCGUAAUGAUCGCAAAAGGACAGUCGUGAAAUGUAAGACACAUUGGGGUGGUGUCGACGACGGCAAGAGAGUGCGACGGGAUGGGGACGAGAAUCGUGUCGCCGGCGGCAAGAGAGUGCGACGGACUCGAGAGAGAAAUUGGGGGUCGAGAACUUGCAGGAAGGAAUCACGCGGCAGUCACGGAAUUUUACUAUCGGUGAUUUUUUUUUGCUGGCCCCACCUUAUUCCCCUCCGACGCGCAGAAACAAUGUGGAGGGUGCGAUGGCUUAAUACCGCCUGACCCCUGCGCCCACAGUAUUGCCGAACUCAGCAACAAACAUUGCGCUUGCCCUAAGGGAGCAUAUGUGUGCGAUUCCAUGUCAAGAAGUUGAGCCAAUAUUUUUUUUAUUUCGAUGGUUCCUGUUCAUUGCCACCUAUAUUAUAGAUAUUGAAGUAAAAUGCAUUACUGGUAUAAACUUAUA